CGUCCUAUAUCCCUCCCCUCCAGAGGCGCUGCAGCCGGUAGAGGUGGCAGUGGGAGUCGUGCUGGGGUUGCGUGGUGCUCCCCGAACGGGGUUUAGGGCGGCGGGAACAUGGCGUUGGUGGGCAAUGGAGCGGAGCAAGAAGCGGACGAGGAGAGCUUUGAAGAUGCCUUUGAAAGCAUCCCUGUGGCAUCCAAGAUGGAUCUCAAGUGUGCCCUAGAAGAAUGUACAAUGGCUCUAAACUUAUUUCUAAAUAAUAAAUUCUCAGAAGCCCUGGAAUUACUUCGACCAUGGUCUAAAGAAAGCAUGUACCAUGCCUUGGGCUACAGCACUAUUUUAGUAAUGCAGGCUGCCAUGACCUUUGAACAGCAGGAUAUUCAAAUGGGUAUUACCACAAUGAAGGAAGCUUUGCAAACUUGCCAAAGAUUCAGGAAAAGAAAUACAAUGGUAGAAUCUCUGUCCAGUUUGGUUUCCAAACCAUCAGUGGAACAACUGAGUGAAGAGGAGAUGCAUGCAGAAAUCUGUUAUGCUGAAUGUCUACUUCAGAAGGCAGCACUGACAUUUGUGCAGGAUGAAAAUAUGAUCAACUUCAUCAAAGGUGGAUUAAAAAUCAGAACAAGUUACCAAAUAUAUAAGGAAUGCCAUUCUGUGCUGCAGAUGACACAGAGCAACAAAAGCAGUAAAGAAACCUAUCAUCAGUUCGAAGGGGGAGUGAAGCUUGGGAUAGGUGCAUUUAACUUGAUGCUUUCCCUUUUACCAGCAAGGAUUCUCCGACUUCUGGAAUUCAUUGGGUUUUCUGGCAAUAGGGACCUGGGGCUUUGUCAGUUACGAGAAGGUGCCUCUGGAGCCAGUUUGAGGGCUACAUUGUGCAUCUUAACCCUUCUGUUAUAUCAUACGUAUGUUUCGCUGAUACUUGGUACAGGGGAAGCCAAUCUUGAGGAAGCAGAGACUCUCCUUGAACCCUACCUCCAGAGAUUUCCAAACGGUUCGCUAAUUUUGUUUUAUGCGGCCAGAAUUGAGUUGCUGAAAGGGAAUUUUGAAAAGGCACAAGUGGUAUUCCAAGAUUGCAUUUCAGCCCAGCAAGAAUGGAAGCAGAUUCAUCACCUCUGUUACUGGGAGCUGAUGUGGUGUUAUACAUUCCAGCAGGACUGGCUUCAGGCUUAUCAUUAUGCCGAUCUGCUAUGCAAAGAGAGCAGGUGGUCCAAGGCAAUAUAUGUGUUCCAAAAAGCUGCAAUUUUGAGCAUGCUAUCAGAUGAGGAUGUGAAAUCAACUGGAGAGAAUGUUGUGUCAUUAUUUAGGCAGGUCGAGAGCCUAAAGCAGAGAAUAGCAGGCAAAUCUAUCCCAACGGAGAAGUUUGCAGUGAGGAAGUCCCGACGUUACUCAAGUCCUCAACCUGUGAAGCUGAUUUUACCUGCCCUGGAAAUGAUGUAUGUCUGGAACGGUUUUUCAAUAGUGGGCAAAAGAGCUGAUCUUACUGAAAGUUUGUUGAUAACCAUUGAAAAAGAAGAACUAGCUUUACGCAGUGAAACAAGUAUGAAAGGGAAGCAAGAAGAAGAGCUGGCAACAGAAUGCGAGAGCAAAACGUGGAAGGAGAGAAAUGUACUAUUUCGCAAAGAAGCACCAGGAAAGCCCACAGAAUACUCUAUGGAUGACCAAUGCUUGGUACAGUUACUGAAAGGUCUCUGCCUGAAGCACUUAGGACGACUCUUGCAAGCUGAGCUAUGUUUCAAUCAGGUUAUUCAAAGUGAAAAGCAACUGAAGUAUGAUCACUACUUGGUGCCAUUCACACUCUAUGAAUUGGGACUUCUGUACAAGCAACAAGGAGACAGAGACAAAGCCAUAAGAUUCAUAGAAAGUGCAAAAAACAACUACAAAGAAUACUCCAUGGAAUCCCGACUACAUUUCAGAAUUCAUGCUGCACUCAACAGCUUGAGAGGAUCUCCUGCUUCUUCGCCUUGAUUAAAGCCUAAUGCAUCUGUUUUUUCCUUAAAUGAGCACGUGUCUAUUAUAGACCCACCCUUGUUUGAAAGUAGAUAAGUGAUCAUGUAAAUGAGCUAGAGAUAGAGGGGAGUGGUAAAUGAUUGUAUUAAUAUUUGCUGUCUGUGUAAUUUGAUGUUGGUCAUCUAGUGUGUUUUUUCUGUAGAGUUUUGUCAUAUUUCUGUACAAUACUAUACUAUGUAGGAAGUGAUUGUAUUUUCAUCUCGUGAAAGGAAAUUUAAUGUUUGGCUCGAAUGGGAGGAUAUUACAGGCCUGUUGCUGAUGCAAUCAAGUCUAAUUCAGAUUAUUAAUUUUUUUAAUGUGGCUAUUAACAUCGAGGUAACAGAAUUAGGUUUUCUGAUCCUGGUUCACAGCUAGAGCAUUAGUAGAGGCUUGCUUUUCUGAGGUUCACUUAUUCAGACCUUUGGCCUGGGACUUAAAUUUAUUAAUAUAGACUAUAGAUGGAGAGUACUCUGUAGGACAGUUUGGCAAUUAGUUUACCUUUUAUAAAGAAAUAAUACUUUAUUCCAGAAUUCAGAAUAUUAAAUGAUAAUCCUCAGCAACUUUGUCAAGAUUGGAAAAAAGACAGGUCAAUUAUAGAUUUUUUUUUUUUGUGACUAGGUAUUAGAAUUAGAGAUUCCUUGUCUUGAUAAGGUUAAAUCAAACUGUAACAUUGUUAUCGUUUCUGGUAAGCAUAUGACUUGGUUUAAGACUUCUCUCUUUUGGUUUAAAUCGUUAAUGGUAAUGGAAGCCCAACUACUUUUGUUUCAAGAAGUGAGGAGGGAAGUCUUAAACUAGACCAUAGCCUCUAGCAGCCAGAAGGUUCUGAUUGAAUUCAAGCCUUGAUCUCUUUUUGCUCUCAGGAAGCAAAGCAAAAUUAAUAUGCCCUCAUAAAGAAAACGUAAUAUAUCCUUGCAUUUGUAAUAUUUGGAGAGCAAUAGCUAACUCUUCUCUUUGGUUUAGAAACAAAUUGGUAUACACUUGGAUUUUGUUGAAACAUUAUUUGAAAGCUACAUAUCUUGCUGAAAUUUUAGACCCUCAGUGACUGAUCUGGAAAUGACAAACUAUUACCACAUCAUGAACCCAUGUUUUAUUGGGGCACCACUUCUUUGGUAUCUCUAACAAUCUGACUGUAGUCUUUAGUACGUUUUAGUAAUGGUUAAGAAUAGUAUUUCAGCUAAUUCCAGAGAGCAAAGAAAUGGGAAAUAGAAUAAUCUAUGAUUCCAAAAGGAUUAUUCAAUAAUCAGCUACAAUUAUUAGUACUUCAAAAAAGAGCAUUUUGAGGUUUAUAUUUUUAGCUGUUUUUCCUUAGUAGCUUUUUAAAACUAAUUUUUUUCUUUGUAAUUUUUUUUAAAAAAAGCCUUUUGUAGAGCAGGCUUUAGUUUAACAGAAGUAUUUGUGUUUGUUUUGACAAGCUGCAGAUCAGUCGCAAGGUCAAUAAAUGAUAAUUCUUUACAUUGCGUGAGUGAUUAGACUUUCCACAAUAAUGUGCUGUGAUUUUCCUUGGAAAACAUUUUCUUUUCAAUGUCAAAAAGAUUAUUGCUGAUUUUCAAAAUAUCAUCAAUGACCUUGGUUCUUCUAAUUUACUUCCUAUUUUUAAUUGUUUUGUAGUUGAGCCAUAUAGAUAUUUAAUAAUUAAAAAGCACUGACACAUUUUCUUCCUAUAUUGCAUGCUAUUCUAUUUUCAGAGUAGCUUUCCAACUCAAGAUAUAUCAGUGAUACUAUGUUUUUAAAAUGAGAACAGAGUUGGACAAUAAAUGAAUACUAUGUAGAAAACUCAGGCAACUAUA